AGGCGGGACCGCAGGGGGUUGUCCGCCCGCGGCACGCAUUGGAGCCGCAGCCUCCUUGCGCCGGGUCCCGCGGUCGCAGCUCGUGCCGCCUCCUUCUCGUCCUCGCCUCGGCAGCUCGCGACGUGGGUCGGUCCCUCCGACACACGAGCUCCAAGCCGCUCUUCUCUUUCCCUAAAGCCCUUCAAGGCGGGUCUUCGGUUUCCCUUCUUUCCAGCCGACCCUCUUCAGCCUCGUGAAGAUGGUGGACCGCGAGCAACUGGUGCAGAAAGCCCGGCUGGCCGAGCAGGCGGAGCGCUACGACGAUAUGGCCGCGGCCAUGAAGAACGUGACAGAACUGAAUGAACCACUGUCCAAUGAGGAACGGAACCUCCUGUCGGUGGCCUACAAGAACGUGGUUGGGGCUCGCCGCUCCUCCUGGAGAGUCAUCAGCAGCAUCGAGCAGAAGACGUCUGCAGACGGCAACGAGAAGAAGAUAGAGAUGGUCCGAGCCUACCGGGAGAAGAUCGAGAAGGAGCUGGAGGCCGUGUGCCAGGACGUGCUGAGCCUGCUGGACAACUACCUGAUCAAGAACUGCAGCGAGACCCAGUACGAGAGCAAGGUGUUCUACCUGAAGAUGAAAGGGGACUAUUACCGUUACCUGGCAGAGGUGGCCACCGGGGAGAAAAGGGCGACUGUGGUGGAGUCGUCUGAGAAGGCCUACAGCGAAGCCCAUGAGAUCAGCAAGGAGCACAUGCAGCCCACCCACCCCAUCCGGCUGGGCCUGGCACUCAACUACUCCGUUUUCUACUAUGAGAUCCAGAACGCCCCGGAGCAAGCAUGCCACCUGGCCAAGACCGCCUUCGAUGAUGCCAUCGCCGAGCUCGACACUCUGAACGAGGACUCCUACAAGGACUCCACUCUGAUCAUGCAGCUGCUCCGAGACAACCUAACGCUCUGGACGAGUGACCAGCAAGACGACGACGGCGGCGAAGGCAACAACUAAGGCCCAGGUGGACUGGCAGCGCACGCUGAUGCUACUACUGCAGUCUUUAUUUUUUCCCAUGAGUUGGGGGUCGGGUGGGGGAGGGGAAAGGGAGGGCUGACCUUCCCAGGGAGAAACCCACGACUGUCCUGUCUUUGAUUGCCUCUUUGACAUUUUUGCCAAAAUACCACUAGUGGAAAGUCAGGCUAGCUAUGCUGGUAUCGGAGUAGCAGCCUCACACAGGCAUCCAGACUGUUGUGCAGGCUUGUGCAAGUGGAGCUGUCUGCCUUUAGUUUAACUUAUUGCUAGACGGUAGGGUUCUAAGAAGAAAAACCGGAGAUGGAUGGCCCUCAUUCAGUGCGUUCUGUGGUUCCAGUAAGGAUUCUGUCCACACGCUCUCGUCUUCAGUUCCAUGGCUGUUCUCUCUGUUGCUGUGCUCUCUCGCGCGCUCUCUCCCUCUCUCUCUCUCUUUCCUUCUCCCUCUCCCUCUCUCUCUCUCUCUUCUCUUCUCUCUCUUUCUCUCCUCUCUCUCCCUCUUUCCCUAGGGUGUAAAGUUAUAGUUUAAAUUACCCAACUGGACAGGCUUAGAGUGGAAGGCACAACCUUUGUAGAUGAGUCAGACAUGGCCCUGUAUUUGGAAGUCCCCGACGGGUUGACAGUAUUAACACUAAAUUCUAGUUUACAGUAUUUCUACAUGACAGCCAUACAUGACACCAAGCCAUGGGUUCUGAGUUUUCCCUUGUCAGUUCGGCUUUACAUCUGUCCUGGUUGGUCUGGCUGUUCAUCAGCUCUAAACGUGGGGAGAGUUGGAGCUUCCCGUUAGGUUUUGGUUGAUGGGUGCUUGGCGGAGGCUGUGGGGAAUACUUUCUUUUUGGUUCUUCUUUACUCUUUAAGGCAAUCCCAUCACAAAAAUAGAAACCUUUAAGUAUCACACACGCACACACACAGAGAAAACGGAGAAAAUUCAGGUCUGUAUGUCAUUUAUCAGAGACACCUGCUCUCAGCAGCCAGGGCUCCGUCUCAGUGUCACUGCCUGUUGAAUGUUCCUCGGCACCCGAGUCUACCCUGCACCUUGUGCCAGCAGCAUGCAGGUGUCCCGAGGCAUCCGACUGGAGUGUAGAGGGUAGGAGGUUAUCAACAAGACGUGGAGCAUCCCUGCCAGCAGCUGAGCCAACAGGAAACCCACUAGGAAGAGGCAGUUCAUUGGAGGGAGCCUGGUUCCUAAGCCAGUUGUCCCUCCAGCCCCCUGCACUCCUUUCCCAAGUGCUUCUUGGAGGGUAGCCAGGGUCAGCAGGAGCCUGAGCUUUCCUGGCCUGCAGUUUUGAAUGAAAUCAUAGUUGUUGAGAUUGGCUUCUCUCAUGAGGUUGCUGCACAUGUGACAUUGAAGGAAGCCAUGCUGCUCUGUCCUACAUGGUCCGUCUCAGCCCUAGGUCCCUCAUUCUCACUGUGGAUAAACCUUUCCAUAAACAUGCCCUAUUGCAUGCAGAGUGUGCAGUUUAUGUCUUCUGGAGAACCCAUGGUCUCAUGGGUUCCCAAGAUGGGCAGCGCCCAAAACUUGCUUUCCUUGUCUUCAAAGGCCCAGCAGCUACUUUGUCUCUUACCGAAGCCAAGCUCCCACUUAAGCUGAGUAACUUAACGGGAUGCUGGUGACGUAGCUGGAAAGAAUGAUGCCCCUCUGCACAGCCCUCCUAGCAUGCCCUUCCUCAGAGGCCCCUCCUCAUGCUAGUGUGUGAGUCCCACACUGAGACCCAUUGAAGACCACAGGGAGGAAGCUAGGCCACCAGAGCCAUGGACGGGGUCGGUGGGGCUUCGCCUGGUGGUUUGUCUCCAUGUCCGCAGUGAGCAUGUCCGUGUCCCGCUUGUACUGUUUGGAAAUGACCUACUGGAAUUGCAAAACCGAGUUUCUCUUUACAUUUCAGCCUUGACCUUUGCUGUGUUCUAGAAAAAUCAUGUGAGGGUAGAACUGAAGAGGGAGAGCGGGAGACCUGACUCGAGCUGGAUGGUCCUUCUCCUCCCUUUACUGUUGAGAAGCGCACCUGCCUCUGAUGCUGUCUCCAGGGCCGCCCGCGGUUGCUCCUCCAUCCUAUUGAUACAGUAUUGUGCAUGCUGGUGUUGUAUUUCUAUACGGUAGCUUGACAUUUAUUAACUUACACUGUAGGUGUUAUGUAUUCCUAUGACAAAAAAACUUAAGACUUCAAAUUUUUUUUUAAACUUUUUUUUUUUAAUUUAAUUCUUUCCUUUCAGGGGUAAAGUUUGCUUUACCAAAUAGUGAUUGUAACAAAUUGAUCUGUUUUGGAUGUUGCUAUAGUGACAUGCAGUUCUAUAUUUUGUUUUUCAGGGGGGAGGGGACAAAAGAAACACCAGUGUUAGCUUACUCUUAAUGUCUGGUGUUUGUCAUGGUGAAAUUAUAACUAUUACAGUGUAGGAGAACGCCGCGGACGUUCUCUGAACGCGCCUCUGUGCUUUCUCGUCAUGUUAUGCAGUGAAACUAUUUUUAAGGUCUAAUCAAGUGAUUUUUCCCCCUACUCCGUGUUUCGCUAAGGAAUUAUUUCACACACGGACCAUUCUUAGCAGUUUCCUCAGUGAUGGAAUAUUCAUGAAUGUGAGUCAUUAUGUAGCCGUCGUACAUUGAGCAAAAUAAACUUACAGAUCUGA